AUGGCUGCCCGCACCAACCGCGCCCUCUGGCAGGAUACGUUUGGCGUUCCCGGCGUAGUCCGCGAGAGCCCGCUCCCUACAAACGACGACCUUGGUGACCACAAGGUGCUGGUCAAGGUGCAUGCCUGGGCCAUCAACCCCUGUGACUAUAUGCUUCAAGACAGGAAUAUGGGGUCCAGUUAUCCUGUCAUUCUAGGCUGCGACGUUGCCGGUACCGUCGAGGCUGUGGUUCCGGGCUCUACCGCAGCCUCCCAGUUCCGCGUCGGCGACCGCGUCUUUGGCUUUACCGCUAAUAGCGGCUUUCAGGACUACGUAGCCCUGGAGGACAAAUUGAUGACCAAAAUCCCGGGCGACAUGGCAUACCGUGAGCCUGUUGUUCUCGGCCUCUGCAGCGCUACCGCCGCUAUGUUCCUGUUCGGAGAGGACUACCUUCACCUCGACUACCCCAAGCUAGGCGCCCGCAAGAAGGGAAAGUCUGUUUUGAUUUGGGGAGGCAGCUCUGCUGUCGGCAGCAAUGCCAUCCAGCUAGUGAUAGCUGCAGGCUACGACGCAAUCGCAACCUGUUCAAAGAACAACUUCGACUACGUCAAGGGCCUUGGCGCCGUCCAAGUCUUCGACUAUAAAGAUCCCAAUGUGACCGAGAAAGUCGCCGCAGAGCUCGACAAGGGCGAAUGUGCCGGUAUCUUUAUGGCGGCCGGGUUGAAGAAUGGCAACGUCGCGGCAUGGAAGGUUGCGGCAGCGUCUAAACAGACGCUCAAAUUUGCAUCGUCCAAUUUCAUCGACAACUUGGAUGACGUCCCGAAGGGAGUGGACGUCAAGCAGCUUUCGCCCGGAAGCUUCAAACCAUUCCCCGACUGUUGGUUUGAAACGACACUUGUCACCUUUGGUGGAUAUCUGUCCGAAGCUCUGGCCAAGGGAGCCUUCAAGGUCGCACCCCCACCACUGGUGGUCAACAGGAUAGGCCUAGAAGGGAUCCAGGAGGCUAUCGACCUCCAGCGAGUCAUCGCCGAGAAGGGUCAUGAAGGGAUCAAGGAGGCUGUCAACCGCGUGAAAGGAGGCAUGAAAGAAGACAAGGUAUCGCCGGUCAAGCUGGUCGUCGAGCGAUCUUAG